AUGUCGUUUUUCCAGAAUUUCAUAUACCAACAAGUGUGGGACUGCCCUGAGAAUGUUGUGACAACGAAAUCAGACGUGUUCAGUAUCGGGGUUGUAGCAUACGAGGUCGUGUCUGGGAAAGCGCCAUACAGUUGGCAUGGUUUCUUGUCAAGCACUGAACUCCGCAGCCUGAAGACAGAUCGCUGGGAAGAACCCUGUCCAGUGCGGCCCAUUGACUGCCCCACUGAACUGCACAAACUCCUGAAGCGCUGCUGCAGUGCCGAUCCAUCCGAGCACCCAACGAUGGAGAUGGUCAACCAGUGCAUGAUGCAGCUGCCUAAGGAAUGGAGCCAGCAGGUGGAUACAGAAGCUUUGUCAAGGCGAGCCAACAAAAGACUGAGACAGUCAAAUGGCCAUGUGGCCUUUCUAUUGCAGUACAAUAACAGAUUGAUGGAGUUUCUGGCACAGCAAAUGGAAAAGGUGAUAACGGUCAUUCAGCGCAUGCCAGAGGAACCAGCAACUGCACGUGAAGCCCAAGAGUGGAGGGUGUCUUGGUUCGACUUGGAUGAUGCUGUGUAUAUGGGGUGCAGCUUGAUUAAACGGCAUUCAAAGAAGUUCGACUUGCAGAAUUUCUACGCAGUAUCGGAAGCUGAGGAAGGUGUGCAAAAGGUGUGCAAAAAGCUGCAAACAGUUGUGGCCAGAUGGAAGUUGGACAUACAAAUUGACACCAUUGUGCCUGAUGCUGCCAUGACAGGGGACUACAGGUUUUUACAUUCGUGCCUUUCUUUUCUUUUUCAAGAGGGAACCAUUGACAAGUUACCCAAGAAGGCAAGGGUGGAAGAUUGGUUGCGGGUCCAAAAACGCCUGGACGAGCAAUUUUCCAGACUAAAGAUGGUGAGCGAAAAAGAAAUCGUGUUUGGUCAGCCCAUUGAAAGUGGUCGGUCAGUUGUGUAUCGCGCUCGAUGGAAUGAAAUAGAUGUUGCGGUGAAGAGGCUCCUGCUGCGGGGUGCACCAGAUUUCAGCCCCCAGGAGUUUGUCAAGUUCUACACAGACGCUUUCAUUCAGGCAUCUCUGUCGCAUCCCCACAUCACUGAAUUGGUUGCAGUGAGCAAGUCGGGACUGAUAGUCAUGGAGCUUGCCAGUUGCGACCUGGAAACCUUGUACAAGGAAGCUCACCUGGACUGGAGGACAAAAUAUAGGUUUCUAAUCCAAGUGGCCGAGCCGCUGGAAUACGUGCAAAGCCGGGAUCCUCCUGUGGUACACUGUGACCUGAAGAGCCUCAACAUUCUGAUGUUUGGGGAUAGGGAGAACCUGGAAAGCUGCGCUGCGCAAUUGUCUGAUUUUGGGAUUUCAGUCGAGGACACGUCCACUGCAUCAGUGACAGUGAGGCGUCCUGGGGGAACGCCCCACUGGAUGGCGCCUGAGAACUACGACGAAGUUCACCCCUUUGAGGCUGCGGAUGUGUUCAACUUCGGUGUGGUGAUGUACGAAAUCUUGUCCCAGACGCCACCCUUCGGAAGCAAAGGGACGUCUUGUGAACGUAUAUACAUUAUGAAGUGCGAAGGUCAGCCUGCCUGCAAGUUGCCUGACGACUGUCCAUUCAAUUUGAGGGAGCUGAUGGAGAGAUGCUGCUCUGUGGAUCCCAGCAACCGGCCAACCAUGCAGAAGGUGAAGAAGCUUCUCCGCAAUGCAGCGAAAGCUUACGAGUGUGUGCAUACAUGUCUCGCUUCGGGCAAGUUCAUUGGAACUCGGUCUGUUGUUUGGCAAGCUCGAUCGGUCCCAUCACAAUGGAGUGGAAGGAUGGGAGUCAAAGGCGCCUAUUGCUGGCCGUUCCUGAUAGGAACCCCCUGGACCUGA